CCAACCGAUGUUGGAAUAUAUUGCACGGGGCUCAAGUCCACUCCGGAGUUAAUCCAAGGAUUUGAAUGGGUGAUGGAUGGGAAUAAGAGACCGUUCCUAGUCCUGCACCCCAACGGAGGGUGGGGAUUUGAUUUGUCCACUCAGACAUUCCAAGACCGCGAGGAGAGUGAUCGGUGGGCAGAGGAUUUGGCCAUCCUUGUCAACGAGGCAAAAGGGAGGGGC